GCCUGCGCGGGGCUGUCUCGCCAGCUCCCAGCUCCGCAGGCCGCCUGCGGGUCCGGAUCGCCGCGUCCGCGGCUCCAGGCGAAGGCAGAGCUAACCCGAGGCUAGGCGGCCGACGCGGAUCUCGGAGCAUGGCAACCUGUGCAUGGCCCGUCCUGCAAGAUGACAUUAGUCACUGCGAUGCCUGAGGAUCAAGUGUGACCUUUCUCCAGGUGCUUGAUGGUGUUCUCCUCCAUCCUCUCCACACCACUGCUCUACGCGGCUCCUAAAACAUGGGGGAAAACGAGGACGAGAAGCAGACCCAGGCCGGGCAGGUUUUCGAGAACUUUGUCCAGGCUUCCACAUGCAAAGGCACCCUCCAGGCCUUCAACAUCCUCACCCGACACCUGGACCUAGACCCUCUGGACCACAGAAACUUUUAUUCCAAGCUCAAGUCCAAGGUGACCACCUGGAAGGCCAAAGCCCUGUGGUACAAAUUGGACAAGCGUGGAUCCCACAAAGAGUAUAAGCGAGGCAAGUCUUGCAUGAACACCAAGUGUCUCAUCGUUGGGGGAGGACCAUGUGGUUUGCGCACUGCCAUUGAACUUGCCUACCUAGGGGCCAAAGUAGUUGUGGUGGAGAAGAGGGACACCUUCUCCAGGAACAAUGUGUUGCACCUCUGGCCUUUCACCAUCCAUGACCUGCGGGGCCUGGGAGCCAAGAAAUUCUACGGGAAGUUCUGCGCUGGCUCCAUUGACCACAUCAGUAUUCGUCAGUUACAGCUAAUCCUAUUCAAGGUGGCCCUGAUGCUGGGCGUUGAAAUCCAUGUGAAUGUGGAGUUUGUUAAGGUUCUAGAGCCUCCUGAAGAUCAAGAAAAUCAAAAAAUCGGCUGGCGGGCAGAAUUUCUCCCUGCAGACCACCCUCUGUCGGACUUUGAGUUUGAUGUCAUCAUUGGCGCCGAUGGCCGCAGGAACACACUGGAAGGGUUCCGAAGAAAAGAAUUCCGUGGGAAGUUGGCUAUUGCGAUCACCGCCAACUUCAUAAACAGAAACAGCACAGCCGAGGCCAAGGUGGAAGAGAUUAGCGGUGUGGCUUUCAUCUUCAACCAGAAGUUUUUUCAGGACCUUAAAGAAGAAACAGGGAUUGAUCUGGAGAACAUUGUUUACUACAAGGACUGCACCCACUAUUUUGUCAUGACGGCCAAGAAGCAGAGCCUGCUUGACAAGGGUGUCAUCAUUCAUGACUACAUCGACACAGAGAUGCUGCUGUGUGCAGAGAAUGUGAACCAGGACAACCUGCUUUCCUACGCCCGUGAGGCUGCAGAUUUCGCCACCAAUUACCAGCUGCCAUCGUUAGACUAUGCUAUGAACCAUUAUGGGCAGCCCGACGUGGCCAUGUUUGACUUCACCUCCAUGUACGCCUCCGAGAAUGCGGCUUUGGUGCGCGAGCGCCAGUCACACCAGCUACUCGUGGCCCUGGUGGGCGACAGCCUGCUUGAGCCAUUUUGGCCCAUGGGCACAGGCUGUGCCCGAGGCUUCCUGGCCGCCUUUGACACGGCGUGGAUGGUGAAAAGCUGGGACCAGGGUACCCAUCCCCUGGAGCUGCUGGCCGAAAGAGAAAGUCUUUACCGGCUCUUACCUCAGACUACCCCAGAGAACAUCAACAAGAACUUUGAGCAGUACACGUUGGACCCGGGGACACGGUACCCAAAUCUCAACUCUAACUGUGUCAGGCCCCAUCAGGUGAAGCAUUUGUAUAUCACUAAGGAGCUGGACCAGGGGCCUCUCGAGAGGCUGGGCUCAGUGAGGAGAUCCGUGAAUCUCUCCAGGCGGGAGUCCGACAUCCGGCCCAGCAAGCUCUUAACCUGGUGUCAGCAGCAAACUGAAGGCUACCAGCACGUCAGUGUCACCGACCUAACCACAUCCUGGCGCAGCGGCCUUGCCCUGUGUGCCAUCAUCCACCGCUUCCGGCCUGAGCUGAUUAACUUUGACUCUCUGAAUGAAGACGAUGCCGUGGAGAACAACCAGCUGGCAUUUGACGUGGCCGAGCGUGAGUUUGGUAUCCCCCCGGUGACCACAGGCAAGGAGAUGGCAUCAGCCCAGGAGCCCGACAAGCUCAGCAUGGUCAUGUACCUCUCCAAGUUCUACGAGCUCUUCCGGGGCACCCCGCUGAGGCCUGUGGAUUCUUGGGGCAAAAACUAUGGAGAAAAUGCUGACCUCAGCUUGGCCAAAUCCUCCCUGUCUCAUAACUACCUAAACCUCACGUUUCCAAGGAAGAGGACUCCACGAGUGGACGUCCACACAGAAGACAGCGACAUGAACAAGCGGAGGCGGAAAGGCUUCAACAACCCGGAUGAGCCUUCAACCUUUUCCAGCCAGAGCCUGCGCUCCAGUCAAGAGUGUGGCAGCAAUAAAGAAGGUGGAAAUCAGAACAAAGUCAAGUCCAUGGCAAGUCAGCUGCUGGCCAAGUUUGAGGAGAACUCUAGGAACCCCUCGCUUGUGAAGCAGGAAUGCUGCAUCUCAGGGACAGGUAAGCCUGUCCUGUGCCCUUCCUCUGACCCACCCGUUAGCUCUCGCUGCCCCCGGCCAGAGGAGCCCACACCCGGCCCAUCACCUCCUCUGAAAAGGCAGUUCCCCUCAGUGGUGACAGGGCACGUGCUCCGAGAGCUAAAGCAGGUGUCCGCCAGUGGCGAGUACCCCAGCAGGCCCUGGAGAGCCAGAGCCAAGUCUGACCUGCAGCUGGGGGGGCCAGAGAGCGCUGCCCCCUUGCCCCCUGGCUGUCAGGGGGCGCUGGCCCUUUCCGGGGUGCUGCGACGGCUACAGCAGGUGGAAGACAGGAUUCUCCAGAAGAGGGCUCAGAACUUGGCCAACAGGGAAUUUCACAAAAAGAACAUUAAGGAGAAGGCGGCUCACCUCGCCUCCAUGUUUGGACACGGGGAUUUCCCACAGAACAAACUACUUUCUAAAGACCUGUCUCCCGUGCACCCUCCGGCUUCUCCCUCCUGCCUUUCGUCUUCUGAUCCUGUUUCUACUGCCUCUCCGUCGACUGUCGACUCUGUUUCUCCUUCCAGAAAGGCAAAGAAGUCACCUUCAGGUUUCCAUUUCCAUCCCAGCCACUUAAGAACAGUACGGCCUCAGCUGACGGUAGGGAAAGUGUCCAGCGGAAUAGGGGCUGCAGCUGAAGUCCUGAUCAAUCUGUACAUGAAUGAUCACAGACCUAAGACCCAGGCCACCUCUCCAGACCUGGAAUCGAUGCGGAAGGCGUUUCCCCUGAACCUGGGUGGCAGCGACACCUGUUACUUCUGUAAGAAGCGCGUGUAUGUGAUGGAGCGGCUGAGCGCAGAGGGCCACUUCUUCCACCGUGAGUGUUUCCGCUGCAGCGUCUGUGCUUCUACCCUGCGCCUGGCUGCCUACGCCUUCGACAGCGAUGAAGGCAAGUUUUUCUGCAAGCCUCAUUUCAUUCACUGUAAAACCAGCACCCAGCAAAGGAAGAGACGGGCAGAGCUGAAGCAACAAAGACAGGAGGAGGGAACGUGGAAAGAGCAAGAGGCCCCUCGGCGGGACACUCCCGUGGAAAGUUCUUGCGCGGCAGCGGCCAUUGGCACGCCUGAAGGCAGCCCUCCAGUUCGUUUCAGCCUUCCAGUGCUACACCCACUUCUUGGCUGACACACUUCUGCUCUGAGGUGACUUGUUUUCUUGCCGAUUUUCAGAGAGUGGUACUAAUGCCUGACCCGCUUUCCACGCCCCGUCCUCCCCUCCGUGGUCCUGGUCGCGCUAACUGUGAACGUCUUGCAUACUAAUGGACUCAUUCCAUGGCAUGGUGGGGUAACAGCAUGGGGUGGUGCUCCGCUCGGAAGCCAUUUUUCAUUCUAUUCACCUCUGAGCCGGCUGCCCGGUCUAUACCAGGUGCAAACCCUGCCUCCCUCUGGCUCCCUGUGCGGCCUGCAGGCGUGUCUUUCCCAUUGUGAAGCCACUUACCUUCCUGGGACAGUGAGCCCAACUGUGACACCAUGCAGCAGAGAGGGCUCUUCACCUUUGAAAAGAACUCUCCUAUCUAGCAGUCUCUGAAAAAAUACAUGCAUACGAGCGUCUUAAACUGAUUCUAGUAUAAAGAGUAUUGAUCAAAACCACAGGUAACUCUUCUUGGAAGGAUUUAGAAAAAAAAAAAGAAAAAAAGCUCCCAGGCUUCAUCACAAGCUUUCCUAGCCAAUCCUGUCCCUGCUGCAGCCUACGCUUUAGACACAAGGGCUUUGCGGCGGCUUCUCAGUAAGAGGAGCUUACUUUUACUCAGUCCUUGGCUCCUAAAGCUGCAGAUGAUGCAGAAGCUUCGAUUAGAGCAGUCAUUGUCGCAGGCCAGGGGUGGCUUUGAGAAAUGACCCCGUUCAGCCGCAGUCUGACGCAGCCCAUAUCAGUGCACCCAUGGCACAUUUUCCCUGCCGGCUCGGAGCGCUUUUAAAGAGAAACACCGUGCCAAGUACGGUGGAGCUGUUGUUGGCCAGACCUCCGGGUCUCAGGCUGCAGGUGGUGUCUGUCCUGCACGCAGCCCCCGGCCAUGCUGAACUCCCGGCCUGUCUGCACAGCCCCGCAUGCCACGUUGCUCACUGCCUUGCUGCAGACUGCAGCCAGUAUGAAGUCAUUGCUCUUGUCUUGUCUUCUCUUGCAGAGUCUCCCUCCCUUUAUAAAAUGUCAACCACAGAGGGCCCUCCUUCCCUCUCAGUCUUCUCUUUAGCUAGCCUCCCCCCCCCCAUCUCAUCGCAACGCAUGUUUGUGACCUUUGGUAGUCAUUUACAGUGCCCCACGGAACCCUGUAUUUUGCACACAGCAAACAUUGUUUAGCUUUAUUUAUGGUAUUUGUUGCUGUACAUGAAAAUAAAUAUGGUUCUUUAUAAA